AUGGAGGUCGCUUCCCUCUGCCUACUGCUCUCCACGCUGAGCGUCACUCCCAACAGAUCCCAGUUCUUCCGGCACGACCAGAUCUCCUUGAGGUGUGAGGCGGACUCCGGCGGCUGGACGGUGAGGCGGAACGUCUCGUCUCAGACGUCGGACCCGUGCAAGUUCGGCUGGGGGAUCCCGGGGGAGUCCUCCUGCACCCUGAAGGACGCCUACCAAUCCGACACCGGGGUGUACUGGUGCGAGUCUCUGCAGGGGGGGUGCAGCGACGCGGUCAACAUCACCGUGACGGGCGGGGAAGUGAUCCUGGAGAGCCCGGCGCUUCCUGUGCCGCAGGGGGAGGAAGUGACGCUUCGCUGCGCCCACAAGGAAGAAGACGAAGACGAGGCCACGUCGGGGUUCUCUGCCGUCUUCUACAAGAACGAUGUGUUCAUGAGCACUGAGGCUGCAGGAAAGAUGCAACUCCCAGCGGUGUCCAGGUCUGACGAAGGCUUCUUCAGGUGUGAGCACCCCACGAGGGGGAAGUCCCCCCAGAGCUGGCUGUCGGUGGCAGUGAGCCCUCCUCCUCCUCCUCCUCCUCCUCCUCCUCCUCCUCUCAUGUCUCUUCCCCGGCUGCUGUGCUCCAUCCUGCUCUUCGUCCUCUACACCGUCCUCCUCCUGGUCUCCAUGUACAUGUACCGGAAGACGGCUCGAGCUCGAGCUGAUGCCAAACAGAGAGCUGAGCAUCUCGUUAUGGAAUGACGACGAUGAGGAAGAUGAAGAAGACGAUGAUGAAGAAGACACUUUUUAGUCAUCUUUUUUUCUAAAAUUGCGUCUAUUUUUUUUUUCAUCUCUUAGCUACUGUAUGAAGGAUGGAACCUGAAAAAACAAAUAAUUCAUUAAUUAAAACAAACAAAUAGAUAGAUAGAUGAAUAAAAUCAAAAUACAUAACAAUGUAAAAAUUAUAUAUUCUUUUUAAAAAAUGAAAUAGCUGAAUUAAAACAGAAAUAUCAAUAAUUACGAAUUAUUAAUGCAUUAAUUUAAAAAAAAAACAUUUUAUACUGACUUUAUUUAACCAAAUAAUUCAAUUGAGAACCAGUUAUAUAUAUAUAUAUAUAUAUAUAUAUAUAUAUAUAUAUAUAUAUAUAUAUAUCCUUCAUCAGCAUUAGAUCUUUUUUUGGAGAGAUGCAGUACUACCAAUCGGCCAGCAGGUGUCAUCAAUGUACCGUUUCAAUGCUUUUAAAUCAGCUGUAAUGAAACGUGUGUUGCGUUCAUGGGUCUGAACUUUGCAGAACUCGCACAUAACUUUGCUUCAUGGACAGAAGUGACUCAAGUUGAUGGGAUGACGUCACAGGAAGCAGAGACGAGGAGGAGGAGUCAGAAUGAUGGCUCUGCAAUCAGUGACGUGUCAGGUUACCUGGGGUCAGGUGUGGCUCACAGGUAAAGGAUUCCCUUGAUGACUCAGUGAAGGAAUGAGGACUCGAACUCGUUUGUCAAAUAGUUUCCAGAAGCUGCGCCCUGUUGACUUGUUUACACAAACAACGUAACAAAUAUAUAAUUUAGUUGAAGUUCAAAGUGUGUUCCUUUGUGUAUUGUGUUGCUAAGGCAGACGAAUAAAAAGAUAAAUGGG